AUGCCCGCGAGUGAGCGCAGGCUGUAUGCCAGAGUUAAUCUACUCAUUGACAAUGAAGCAGAGAAGGAUUACCUUUAUGAUGUGCUGCGAAUGUACCACCAAUCUAUGAAUCUCCCAGUGCUUAUGGGGGACCUAAAACUCGUGAUUAAUGAACCAAGCAGAUUGCCUCUGUUUGAUGCUAUCCGCCCGCUUAUCCCGUUAAAACACCAGGUGGAAUAUGAUCAGCUUACACCCAAAAGAUCACGAAAGCUGAAAGAGGUGAGACUGGAUCGUUUGCAUCCUGAAGGACUUGGAAUAAGUGUGAGAGGUGGAGUGGAAUUUAGCUGUGGCCUCUUCAUCUCCCAGUUAGUUAAAGGAGGACAGGCAGACAAUGUUGGACUUCAGAUUGGAGAUGAGAUAGUUCGUAUAAAUGGAUAUUCCAUUUCGUCGUGCACACAUGAAGAAGUCAUAAACCUCAUUCGUACAAAGAAAAUAGUGUCCAUAAAAGUGAGACAUAUUGGCAUGAUACCUGUCAAAAGUUCAGCAGAUGAACCCCUUAAAUGGCAAUAUGUGGACCAGUUUGUGUCAGACUCUGGGGGCAGUGUUGCUGGUCUUGCUUCUUCUGGAGGGAGAGACAAUAAAGAGAAGAAAGUCUUCAUUAGCUUGAUUGGUACAAAAGGCAUGGGAUGCAGUAUUUCCAGUGGUCCAACACAAAAACCAGGCAUUUUUAUCAGCAAUGUUAAGCCGGGUUCUCUUUCAGCAGAGGUGGGCUUAGAGGUUGGUGAUCAGAUUGUUGAGGUAAAUGGAGUGGACUUUUCUAAUGUGGAUCAUAAAGAGGCUGUCAGAGUGCUCAAAAGUAGUCGUACUUUGACUAUCUCUGUGGUAGCAGGUGCUGGAAAGGAGCUGUUCAUGACUGAAGAGGAAAGGCAGAGAGAAGCACGUCUCCGUGAGCAAGAACGCCAGGAGUUAAUGCAUCAGAAGCGACUUGCACUGGAGACUAAUAAAAUCAUUAAAGAGCAGCAAGAGAAAGAGAGAUUAAGAAAACUGGAGAUUUCCCAGAAGGCUGCAGAGGAAGAAGAGAGAUAUCGCAGAGAAAUAGAGCAGAUAACAGCAGAGGAAGAGAAAUUUAAAAAGGAGUGGGAAGAAGACUGGGGUCCUAAAGAACCUCCGAAAUGUCUAAAAACUGUAACUGCAGAAGUGCAUUCUGCCCCUCGUUCUAAACACAAAACUUUUGGAUGGUUUUAUCGGUAUGAAGGAAAGUUUCCCACAAUCCGCAAGGUACAAAAAGAGCGAAAGAAGUCAAAAAGUGACAGUCUAUGUGAACAGAAGAAGAAUAAAAAGGAAAUGGAGUUUCAGCAAAAACUCGCCAAAGAGAAAGAAGGAAUGUUGGAGAAAGAAAAACAACUGAAAAUAAAUCGUCUCGUGCAAGAGGUAUCUGAGACAGAACGAGAAGACCUGGAAGAAUCAGAAAAGGUGCAGCACUGGGUGGAAAGACUUUGUCAGACACGGUUAGAACAGAUUUCCUCUGUGGAGAAUGAGUCUCCUGAGUUGGCAAGUGGACGACCUUCCGCUUCUCCUUCUGCCACAUCAAUGCGGUGUUUUGCUGGUGGUCUGCAGCUUCAUACCACAGAUCUUGAUGAUAUAAACUUAGAUGAAGUUGACAAGCCUAAGCAACGUGUGGCACCACCUCUGCCACCACCACUCACUGUUACUCCAGCAGCAUCAGCUCAUCCACUUCCUGCAUCAAAUGUUCCACUUUCAAGAGGUCCAGCCCUGGCAGUAACACCAGCUUCCCAGCAACUUGCUCCAAGUCCACCUACCCAACGACGUCCAGGGGUACCAAUAGUCUCUAAACCAGUCAUGCUGCAUCCUGACCCAAACUUUAUGGUCAGGCCAACGAUCAAAUCAGAGGCCCUGCCACAAGAGAUGUUUAGAAGGAUGGUGGUUUACAAUUCAUCAUUUAGACCUAACAAAAAACAAGGCUUCCAGAAAUAUUUGGAAGAUUUUGAUCCAUAUUCAAUGUUUACCCCAGAGCAGAUUAUGGGAAAAGAUGUACGGCUAUUAAGAAUUAAAAAGGAAGGAUCAUUAGACCUUGCAGUCGAGGGAGGAAUCGAUUCUCCAAUCGGAAAGAUAGCCGUGUCUGCCAUCUAUGAGGGUGGUGCUGCAGACAAACAUGGAGGCAUAGUGAAAGGGGAUGAAAUACUAGCUGUAAAUGGCAAGAUAUUAAUUGACAGCAGGCUGGCAGAAGCACAGGCAACUCUAGCAAAAGCUUGGAACAUGGGUGGGGAUUGGAUUGACUUAGUCAUUGCGGCAUCACCUCCAAAGGAAUAUGAUGAUGAAAU